AUGGACCCUGCGCAACGUAUUCUACUGGAAACAGUUUACGAAGCCUUCGAAGCUGCUGGAUACACGAUGAAGCAGAUGCAAGGCUCAUUGACUUCUGUUUUCGUUGGUCUCAUGUCGGGAGACUACUGGGACAUAACAAUGCGCGAUACCGACACGAUGCCCACAUACACAGCGCCGGGCAUGUCUCGCAGCAUCAUGUCAAACCGCAUCUCGUACGUCUUCGACCUCAGAGGACCAUCGAUGACGAUAGACACGGCAUGCUCAAGUUCUCUUGUGGCACUACAUCAAGCAGUGCAAAGCCUACAGAGUGGCGAGUCCACCACUGCUGUUGUCGCCGGUGCCAACCUGCUCCUCGACGCUUCGACGUACAUCAUGGAGACCAAGCUUCAGAUGCUCUCGCCUGACUCUCGCUGCCGCAUGUGGGACAAGUCAGCCGAUGGAUAUGCCAGAGGGGAGGGCUUUGCAGCAAUCCUGCUCAAACCUCUCAGUGCAGCCCUGGCAGAUGGCGACGAUAUCGAAUGUGUUAUCCGAGGAACGGGGGUCAACUCGGACGGGCGCACGAAAGGAAUUGCCAUGCCAAGUGCCGAGGCCCAAUCUACUCUCAUUCGAGAUACUUACAAAAGAGCAGGGCUGGACCCUGUGGCUGACAGGUGUCAUUAUUUCGAGUGCCACGGAACAGGUACUCAAGCAGGGGACCCGAUCGAGGCUCGGGCCAUUGCCACCACGUUCUUUCCUGAGAACCAGGAGCAUGGUGACGAAAGACUAUACGUUGGUUCCGUCAAGACUGUCAUCGGUCAUCUCGAGGGUUGCGCCGGCCUUGCGGGUGUUCUCAAAGCCUCGUUAGCUAUGCAGAACCGCACCGUUCCCGCGAAUAUGCAUUUCACAGCUCUGAACCCGGCAGUCGAACCCUUCUACAAGCAUCUCAAGAUUUUAACAUCCUCGAUCCCCUGGCCUGAGAUUACUACUGGACCUCGGCGUGUCAGUGUCAACAGCUUUGGGUUUGGUGGAACCAAUGCCCAUGUCAUCUUGGAAAGCUACGAAGUCGAGAAGCCAGAAACCACAAGGAGCCUUGCCACAGGACGCUUCUAUGGCCCUCUGAUUUUCUCAGCCCGUACUGAAACCUCUCUGCAUUCAAGCAUCAGAAAAUAUGCCCAUUUUGUGAAGUCAAAUCCAUCGGUUGACCUCGAGAAUUUGAGUUGGGUUCUUCAAGAAAAGCGCGACACUUUCCAAUUCAAGCAUUGUUUCUCCGCGCCCGAUCGUGAGAAGUUGCUUGACUACAUGGACGAGUUCAUCAAUAAAGCCGGUUCAGGAUCUCUGAGCAGCUUGGUGACCCGAACGCCAUUACGAAGCUCGGAUGAGACACCCAGAGUUCUUGGGAUAUUCACCGGCCAAGGUGCACAAUGGGCUAGCAUGGGAAAGGCGCUACUGGAAAACUGUCAACUGUUUCGCGAGACCAUCCAACAUUGUGAGGCGUCCUUAGCUGCGCUCGCCGAUCCUCCCCCGUGGUCUUUGAAAGCGGAGCUGCUUGCAAAUGACGCGUCUCGCAUUCGCGAAGCGGCACUCAGUCAGCCUCUCUGCACCGCUCUUCAAAUUGCUAUGGUGGAUCUCGCAACAGCUGCAGGGCUCAGAUUCUCCGCCGUCGUGGGCCAUUCUUCCGGUGAGAUUGCCGCCGCCUACGCAGCAGGAAUUCUUUCGUCAUCAGAUGCCAUGGCUAUUGCCUACUAUAGAGGAUUUCAUGCCAAGCUUGCUGAGGGAAAGAGCGGGGAACAAGGCGGCAUGAUGGCUGUAGGCAUUUCUUAUGCCACAGCACUUGAGAUUUGUUCUCAGCCUCAGUGGAUAGGGCGCAUCGGCCUGGCCGCGAGCAAUUCCCCAUCCAGCGUUACUCUGUCCGGAGACAUGGAAGCGAUCAAGGAAGCAAAGGCCAUCUUCGAUGAGCAUAAGACCUUUGCCAGACUGCUCCAGGUUGACACUGCCUACCACUCGCACCACAUGCUACCCUGCGCUGGUCCCUAUCUGAAAUCGCUAUCGGCUUGCAACAUCAACGUCAAUCAGCCAAGGGCCGACUGUAUCUGGAUCUCAAGUGUCAUUGGGGAUACCUCGCUGCUCGACAGCAAGCUCGAGGCUCUUACUGGACAGUAUUGGGUAGACAACAUGGUCAAGCCUGUUCUGUUCUCACAGGCCUUGGAGUUUUCUCUGUCGGGUCGGCGGUCAUUCGAGAUGGCUGUGGAAAUUGGACCUCAUCCAGCACUGAAGGGACCGGCACUGCAGGUCUUUAAGUCUGUACUGGGAUCAUCUCCUCCUUACACUGGCUUCAUGCGACGGGGAGAGGACGAAGUUGAAGCAUUCUCCAGCGGCGUAGGAUUUCUAUGGGCCAAUCUCGGUCAUGCCUCAGUCAACUUUGCUGGAUAUCGGAAGGCAUUCCAAGGUCCCGCUGUAUCGAAACCCAAGAUGUUGAAGGGUUUGCCAUCUUAUGCAUGGGAUCACGACAAGAUCUACUGGAAAGAGAGCCGUAUCUCUCGGAACCACCGCCUUCGGCUACAGGGGCCGCAUGAACUGCUUGGUCGCAGGGCGUCAGACGACUCGGACUACGAAGUUCGUUGGCGCAACUUUCUGCGGCUGAACGAACUCCCCUGGCUUCGCGGUCACGAAUUCCAAGGCCAGGCCCUGUUCCCUGCUACAGGUCAUGUAGCCAUGGCGCUGGAAGCCUCCAGGAAGAUAGCUGGUAAUCGCGCCGUUCGGCUGUUCGAAUUGCGCAAUAUUUCUUUCCAUAAGGCGCUGAUCGUAGAUGGUGAUCAGCCGGGCGUUGAGAUUGUCUUCUCACUGCGGGUGCUCAAUGACGACCAACAAGCAGACAGGAACACAAAAGAUAUCCUCCAGGCAGAGUUCACAAGCUAUGCGUGCUCGGAUGAAACAUCUGGCCAGCUGGAGAAAGUCGCCUGUGGGAGCAUUGUCUUGCAUCUUGGCGAGGGCACUGGCGAGGAGCUACCACGAAUUGAGCCUACCGCGCAAAGCCUCACACCUGUUGACACCGACAGAGUUUACUCCGCGCUGGAAGAUAUCGGCUUGAACUAUCAUGGGCCGUUCCGAAAUAUAGCAUGUGCUAAGAGGACGAGAGGUCACUGUCAAACAUCAGCUGUUUGGCAGAAUCAUGAGAUGGCGGCUGAUGAGUAUAUCAUUCAUCCGAUCCUUCUUGAUAGCGCCUUUCAAGCCAUGUAUGUUGCUCUGACUUCUCCAGCAACCAAUGGCAUCCUCUGGACGACGUAUCUACCAUCUUCCAUCCAACGCCUCACGGUAGACCCAGCAACGGCUCACAACUAUAAUUCCCCAGAUUUGAAAGCUGAUAUGGAGGCCUUCGUCACGGAAUCUACAUCAUCCUUUUUCGUUGGAGAUGUCAACGUACUUGACCCUACUGAAUCCCGUUACAGUGUCCAAGUGGAAGGCUUGCUCUUUAAGGCAAUUGCUGAGGCAUCUCCUGCAAACGACCGGCCUUUGUUCGCCAAGACUAUAUGGGAUGUCGAUAUCGCUUGUGGAGCAUCUGUUACAGCGGAAAAUCAGGACCCAGAGGGGGAGCUGGAGCAGCUAUACGCCAUCGAGAGGGUAGCUCUGUUCUACCUGCAAGACUUUGUCAGUUCAGUCUCAACGGACGAGGUCAAGGAACUCUCAUGGUACCACCAAAGACUUUUCGCUGCCGCCGAGGCUGCGCUCGCUCGAGUUCGCCGCGGUAAUAACCCCAUGGUAAAGCCAGAGUGGCUGGGCGACUCUCGCGAGACUAUUGACGCACUCCACAUGAAGUUCCCUGACCAAGUCGACCUUAGGAUGAUGCAGGCUAUCAGCUUGAAGCUCUUGUCCAGCGUCCGCGGCUCAACCCCGAUACUGGAGGUGAUGCUCCAGGAUGAUCUACUCUACAGAUUCUACCAGGAAUGCUGGGGAAAUCGAACUCUGAAUGCCUAUGUCGCACGUGUGGUUCAGCAAAUAACGCACAAAUACCCUCGCGCCAGAUUGCUGGAGAUUGGCGCUGGAACCGGCGGCACGACGAGCGGAAUCUUGCAUGCCGUUGGCAACGCUUAUGCCUCUUACACCUAUACAGACAUCUCAUCUGGCUUCUUCGCUAAAGCAGCAGAAAAGCUAUCUGACCAUACCGAAAAGAUGACUUUCAAAGUUCUCGACAUCGAAAAGGAUCCUGCCGCUCAAGGCUUCACCAAGGGGGCGUACGAUGUGGUGAUCUGCGUCAACGUGCUUCACGCAACGCGCUCUCUCUCCAAUACUCUGGCUCACACGAGAUCGCUCCUAAGGCCCGGAGGCUACUUGGUUCUGAUGGAAAUCACAGCCGAUGCCCUCAGGAAUCUUUACAUCUUUGGGACGUUACCCGGAUGGUGGCUCGGUGCGGAAGAAGGCAGGAGCUACGGGCCGUUCGUUUCGGAUGUUCAAUGGGAUUGCCUCCUCAGGCGCUCCGGCUUCUCUGGUGUUGAAACCGUUCUACGGGAUUGCCCAGAUGUGCUGAUGCAUGGCGCUUCCGUUAUGGUGAGCCAAGCGGUUGAUGAUACGGUUCGCCUUUUGCGCGAGCCAAUGACAGCGCUUUCAUCGUUGCCAGAAGAGCGGCUGCUGAUUGUUGGUGGAAAAACGCUGCCAGUCUUGAAGAUUGUGCGUGCGAUUCAGGAUCUUCUUGUGUCUUGGAAGUCGCGCACUUCAGUGGUGAAUAGCAUCGACACCCUGGACAUGGAGGAUCUUUCGCCGGGCACAUCGGUCAUAUCUCUUACCGAGCUCGACCGGCCAUUAUUUUCUGAAGCUAUGACAGAUGAUCGACUUAAAAAGCUCCAGGGGCUGUUCAGUCACGCGAAGACAAUCCUUUGGGCUACCACCGGCUGUUCUGAAGGACGAAACCCCGAGUCAAACAUGACUGUCGGCAUCGGACGUGCUCUCCUCACGGAGAUGCCCAAUCUCACUCUCCAAUUUUUGGAUGUCAAGAAAAUUUCGCACCUCAGGUCGACUAUCGUUGUGGAGUAUUUCCUCCGUCUGGCUCUCUCUGGUGAACCAGCAGUUGCAAAGGAUGAUAUACUCUGGACGGUUGAGCCUGAGGUAGCUAUGGAUGGGAGUGCGCUCCUUCUUCCCCGUGUUGUGUCCGACACGGCCGUUAAUGACCGGUUCAAUGCAAACCGUCGUUUGGUCACGAAGACAGUUUCAGCCAAUGACACAUGCGUUGAGAUCACUACGAUGAACUCGGAUCAAUCGCUGUCCCUGCGGGAGGUGGCAACGCCAGGCAGUCUGACCACGAAAAUCAUUGAUGUGCAAUACUCCGUUGCAUUUUCAAAAGACUGCAAUCUGAUUCUUGGGGUAGUACGGGGAACUUCACUAUCACUGCUUGCUUUGUCCAGCACCGCAGCCUCGUCGAUCAGUGGACUGAAGAUGCAUAUCUCAGUGCCAGAUGGCUAUCCUUCCCCUCUUCAGCUGAUCUCAGAUGUAGCCAACCAUGCUCUUGCGCUCGAACUGCUAAAGCUUGCCCCAACAGACCGCUCGGUGUUGCUCAUCCACGAGGCCCCUGCGCAGCUUGUCGAACUUCAAGUCGCUGUUCAACCUUUGGAUCCUACCGGCCUCUUCAGACCAGACAAGACAUAUUUCAUGGUCGGCAUGACUGGCGAGCUUGGUCUGUCUCUUGCCGGGUGGAUGAUUGACAACGGCGCCCGUCACGUUGUCCUGAUCAGCCGUAGUGCGAGUGUGGAUGUUUCGUGGCUGAAUGAAAUGGCCACACUGGGCGCUAUUGUCAAGGUCUAUCAGAUGGACGUCUCUGACAAGGAGUCUGUACGUUCCGUCUACAACACGGUCCUGAACACUAUGCCGCCAAUCGCUGGUGUGUGCAAUGCUGCGAUGGUUCUCAAGGACAAUCUAUUCGUCAACAUGGAUGCGAGCUCCCUCAACAGUGUCCUUCUGCCCAAGGUUGUAGGCACCAAAAUCCUGGAUGAGCUAUUCAACGAGCCCAACCUCGACUUCUUCGUCCUCUUCUCCUCUCUUGCUAGCGUGUUCGGCAACGCAGGCCAGUCGAAUUACCACGCCGCCAACCUAUUCAUGAACAGUGUAGCUGCUAAGCGCAGAGCGAAGGGCCUUGCUGCUUCAAUCAUGCAUAUUGGCAUGAUUGCGGAUAUCGGCUACGUGGCUCGCGCUGGCCGUCAGAUUGAGGACCACCUGCGAAAGCUACUGUUCCAUCCAAUGUCCGAGGUCGAUAUGCAUCACCUGUUCGCAGAGGCAGUCAUCAACAGCCGUCCCGAGUGCGAGGGAAACUGGGACAUCGUCUCUGGCAUUGACCCGUUUGUGGAUACGCCUGACGCAAAAUCACGACCGCACUUCUACUCCAACCCACGCUUUUCGCACUUCAUCCACGAAGAUGUUGCAUCUAAGCAGCAGGGCACUUCUGUUUCUUCGCCUGCAAGAGACAUCAAGCAGACGCUUGACGGAAUCACCGUCGAGGAGGAUGCGAAGACGGCAAUCGAAGAAGCCUUCCUGGCAACCCUUGAGCUUAUGCUGCAAAUGGCUCCCAACACUGCUGACGCAAAUGCUUCGAUGCUAUCAUUGGGUAUGGACUCACUUGUGGCUGUUGAGAUAAGGACCUGGUUCCUCAAACGCGUUGGUGUCGAUAUUCCCGUUUUCAAGCUGCUCAGUGGCGAUACUGUGGCGGCUCUCUGCAAGGACGCAGCAUGCAAAUUCAUGGCUGCGAAGACCGGUGCACGCUAA